AAAUGUAGGCCCUUGUGACCAUGAUCAUGUUAUUUUAAAUGUGUAGCGGUGUUUUCCAUCUAACCACUAGAUGGCGUCGUUCAUUCAUUCCCUCCGCAUAUUAAUAUGUAUGGCAGCAAGGAAUUAUUUGCAUCCCGUUUUUUUGCGAUGCAUAUCAGGUCACGCCUGUGUCUCCCUGUAUCUGCUCUUAGAUGACAGUCCAAGGAUCUGAGUGACAAAUCGGCAUUCGCUUUGCCAGCGGUAAAUUUAGAGCUUCGUCCUAUUUACUGCCAAAGCAGAUGGACAGUUUCGGACCAGGGUAUCGUUUUUCCUUCUGAUCCUCACUGUAUGCUGUACCCAGGCCCACGUCGAUGAAUUUUUAUUUACUUGCACUUAUCCAGGGCUGUUUGCAUAGCCUAAGCUCUCAGUUUAACGAUACAGCUUGAAUUUUAGCUUAGUGUUUUAGUUUAACGUCCUUCAUCAAAUGCACAAGCAGUAAUUCAUGGGGUAAUGAUCUGUAGCUGUCUGGAUCAGCUCCAAGUCCCCCUGUACUUUCCCCCUAGCCGUACGGCUUCUGACAAUUAUCUCUGCAGAAAUAUCUGGACAUAAGUCUACUGCCUGCAAUUCCUGGGGUUACUGUCACAGUUGAAUUCGAAGCUUGUAAGGACUCAAUCUCCCAGCACAUUGUCCAGGAGAAUUCGUUAUAACCAGUGCAAGCUGAAGGGUGCAUUUCUACCUCUGCGGAAAAUUGCAAACGGGGAUACUACACGGUGCAGGACGAUUUAAACAAACAGGGUGAGGCGGGCAAAUCACUGCAGAGUCAUUCUGCUCAUCAAUUUGAAAGGUUUGUUGGUGUCUUCAGAUGCUUCUUGGCAGAUGGUUCUUGAGCUAGAACUCAAGGCAAGUGUGUGUCAGCAGGGGGCGUAGUGGUUAAGAACACAACUCGUGUUCAAAUCUGAGGAAAGGCCUGGUGAAAUAGCCUCAUAGAAGAGAGGUAACCUGUAUGAUUUAUUUAAAAGGGUUUUGUUGACCAUUGCAAGACUAGGUGAAGAUAGUAAGCUAACGGUAUUGCUGUCACGCUAGUCUCCCGUUGCAUUUCAAUCUUGGGUUGCUGAAGUUGAUACAUGGGUGAUGUCACCGUCCACAUACUGACACCCUUGGCGGCCGGCGCUCGGCGAGGCAGCCCAGAUUGGUGGUCGUCGUAGCCCCCCGCACUGCGCGGCGCCAUGGGCUCCCUGGCGCUGAAUAGCCUGUUCACCGUAGCGCACUUCAUAAAGGCCAGGUGCGAGCAUGGCCUGAAAGCUGGGGAACUCAAGGAUAAAAACUAUAUUUUCUUUGAGGUGGAGAUAUUGGAUUACAAGACCAACAAGCAGCUGUGCUUCCUGGAUAAGGUGGAACCUCACGCUACCAUAAAAGAAAUCAAGUCCUUGCUCUACAAGUGUUACCCCAAGCUGUACCCUGCCAGACAAUCCCUCAAGCUGCAUCCCAAGGGAAAUGCGCUUAAAGAUGACGACAUCCUGGAAAACUUACCAGUCGGGACCACUGCAACGAUGUACUUUAAAGACCUUGGUCCACAGUUGGGAUGGACAAUGGUGUUUUUGGUAGAAUACAUUGGGCCCCUCUUCAUCUACCUGCUGUUCUACUUCCGCCUCCCGUACAUCUAUAGCCAGAAGUACACCUUCACGUCCAGCCCGUACCCAGUGGUCCCUCUGGCCUGUGCUUGUCACUCGUUCCAUUACAUCAAGAGGCUGAUCGAGACUAUAUUUGUACAUCGGUUCUCCCAUGGUACCAUGCCACUGAGGACGAUGCUAAAGAAUUGUCUAUAUUACUGGGGCUUUUCCGCCUGGUUGGCCUACUAUAUCAACCACCCUCUGUACACGCCUCCUACCUAUGGAAACCAGCAAGUCCAUUAUGCACUGCUUAUGUUUGUGCUCUGCGAGGCUGGUAAUUUUUCAAUUAACCUGACGCUCAACAACAUGAAAACCAGCGGGUCUCUGCUGACGAGGUUCCCGUAUCCAACCCGAAACCCCUUCACCUGGCUGUUUUUCUUUGUGUCGUGUCCUAAUUAUACAUACGAGGUUGGAACUUGGAUUGGCUUCACGAUAAUGACGCAAUGUGCCCCCGUGGCGGUUUAUACGCUGGUGGGCUUCAUCCAAAUGACCAUCUGGGCGAGAGGAAAGCACAAGACCUACAUGCAACAGUUCAGGGAUUACCCUGGCCUUAGGAUGGCUAUCAUCCCACUCUUCCUCUGACUCUGUUUGCUGCCUGAUGGCACACAGGAGUGAAGCGAGGCUUCCGGAGCCAGCUCGACGGCGCCCCCUGGCUGCCCAGUGUGAAGGUACAGCUUGAUUAUGUUCCCCAACACGUGGCGUGCGGAUUGCAGCAGUGUCACCAAUGGGAGCAGUUGGUUUUGUUGUACUACUGCAGCACCUUAGGAGACGUCAGAUUUGAACGAAGUACUUAAGAACUGAGGUAACCUGUUAUUUUUUUGUAAACCCAUAUCGUAAUGAAUUACAAAUGGGCUGUAAUGAGUUUUCCAAAGCGCCGGAGUAACUUACUUGUACAAUUUCAACAAAGUGCUGUUUGUUUAAUCAUUCCUAGGACCUUGUGGUGGUAGGGAGGAGGCUUGUAAUAGGGCUGAUUUAUUGCCGUUACAUAGCACUAGUUACCCUCAAAGGCAACAGUGCGGAGAUGAUGGCACCAUUUUAUAUGUGAUCUAAUGCGACAGCAGCAAUCUCCAUGUCACAAAUGGAAAAGAUCGAGUUGGUGGUCUAAGUGAAGGUGAAAUUUACGUUUACCCUGCUGCAAAGUUUGGCCUAUUAAUAUUGUUCUACAAAAAUAACUGGGAUUAAGGGCUACUUUUAAACUCUUGGCACCGCUCCCUAAACUUUUGCACUUCUGCAUGGAGAGGAAUGUAUAGGAAUUUCUCGAGGGUGGAUAAAAGAAAAACUGUUUGCAGUAAAUUUAAUUGUGAGUUUCUAGAAAUAGGUACAAAAGCAGUUUAUAAAUGUUAAAAGGUCGGUAAGCUGCAGUGUGGUCAGGUUGUCCUUGACGUAGGUGUGCUACAGUGUGAUGCCAUCACAACCUUGUAACAAAAGAUUGAGUUGCCAUGUUCCUUAAUAAACAUGAAAAUUAUUUCAA